AUCGAAUCGGAUCGCGUCUGGAUCGUCACACGUGCGGCGAGAGGACGGCAGGCGGAGUGGGGCCCAGGCGAGCAUUGUCUGGGAGACGCUGCGAGCAGGACACGGCGAGAGGACAUCCCUCCACCGCACGUCCCCCCGUGUGAGAGAACAUGUUCUACCAUAUUUCCCUGGAGCAUGAGAUUCUCCUGCAUCCUCGAUACUUCGGACCCAACCUACUGAACACUGUGAAGCAGAAGCUCUUCACGGAGGUGGAGGGAACCUGCUCUGGAAAGUAUGGCUUCGUCAUUGCGGUGACCACUAUUGACAAUAUUGGCGCCGGCAUGAUCCAGCCCGGAAGGGGCUUUGUCCUCUACCCAGUUAAAUACCGCGCCAUCGUCUUCCGCCCGUUCAAAGGCGAGGUGGUCGAUGCCGUUGUCACUCAAGUCAACAAGGUUGGCCUGUUUACGGAGGUCGGCCCAAUGUCUUGCUUCAUCUCCAGACAUUCUAUUCCAUCGGAGAUGGAGUUUGAUCCAAACUCAAACCCACCGUGUUACAAAACUACUGAUGAGGACGUUGUCAUCCAGCAAGAUGAUGAAAUCAGGCUAAAGAUCGUGGGAACAAGAGUUGACAAAAACGACAUUUUUGCCAUCGGCUCCCUUAUGGACGAUUAUUUGGGUCUUGUCAGCUAAAUUGCUGCCCUUCGAAGUUGCUGGGAUGGCUACAGAUUCAACCGUGUUAAUAUUUUUUUCAAUCAUAACACACUGGCAUAAAAUAGAAAUAAUACUUUGAUAGUUUGCAUCAACAGAAAAUAUUAUUUGAAAACGGAUCUUUGUAGGUUAAAUGAUAAAUGAACAUUGUUCAAAUGUAAGUUGUUGCUUUUUUAUAUCUUUGAAUAAAUGUACAUCAGACUAA